GCCAACACACAACAGGAGGCCAGAGUAUGUGUGGCUGCACGCACAGCACCCAGGACCAAGCCCUGCACCUGGAAGCGGAGCCCGGCUCUUCUGCAGCCCCAACAUCCACUUCAGCGCCUAAGAAGAUGCCCAAAAGAAUUUCAAUAUCCAAACAACUGGCUUCAAUAAAAGCUCUGGGGAAGGGCUCAGAUCUGGAAAAAGCCAUCGCCACUGCUGCUCUGAUUUUCAGAAAUUCUUCUGACACUGACUGUAAACUUGAAAAAGCUACUGCCAAAAAUCUGCUACAAACCCAAUUUAGGAAUUUCACAGAGGGACAAGAAACCAAACCAAAAUACAAAGACCUCCUUUCUGAACUUGACGAGCAUGCAGAAAAUAAGCUUGAUUUUGAGGACUUCAUGAUCCUACUGUUAAGCAUCACUGUAAUGUCAGACUUGCUACAAACAAUAUGGAAUGUAAAAAUGACUAAAUAAACAGCUUUCACUA